AUGCACAAAUUAACUGGAAAAUCCAACCCCGGUGCAGAUAAGUAUAAAUACCUUUCCUUCGCCACUGGAGGGCUUGCGUACGUUGCAAAAAUCGCAGACUACGCUAAGGAGGCAGAAGUAGCCCGCCAUCAUCCGAAACACCAUAACGGUAGCCAUUAUCUGGAAAAGCGUGGUUGGGACCACGACGAUGACGACGACGAUGACGACUUCUUGUCCACAAAGUCCGACUGUGAUGAUGAACCAACCACCACAAAGUCUGAUUGUGAAGACGAAACCACAACCUUUGAGACAACUACCAUCAUCACCACCUCUGUGCCAAUCACCAGCUCUUUCACCUACUCCAACUCGUCCAGCUGCGACACAGUUACUUCGUCCACAGAGACAACCACCACCGUCACCAUCUCCACCACCGUCACCCGCAGCUCUUCUGUUCCUGUCACGAGCUCCGGCAGCUCGUCCAGCUACGUUCCCAGCACUUCGAAACCGGUGACCAGUUCCAAGCCUCACACCAGCUCUGAGCCACCAACGAGCUCCAAACCACAUUCGAGCUCGAAGCCAUUCACAAGCUCUACUCCGGUGACCAGUUCGAAGCCAGUUACCAGUUCGAAGCCAAUCACUAGUUCCACUCCAGUUACCAGCUCAAAACCGGUCACCAGCUCUAAACCGGUUACAAGUUCUAAACCAUUCACUAGCUCUAAGCCAUUUACCAGCUCUAAGCCAUUUACCAGCUCCAAACCGGUGACUAGCUCCAAGCCAAUUACUAGUUCCACGCCUGUUACCAGUUCCAAGCCAGUUACUAGUUCCAAACCAGUCACCAGCUCUAAACCGAUCACAAGUUCCAAACCGGUCACCAGCUCUACCCCGGUUACAAGUUCUAAACCGGUCACCAGCUCAAAACCGGUCACGAGCUCCACUCCGGUUACCAGUUCCAAACCGAUCACCAGCUCGAAACCAGUUACAAGUUCUACCCCGGUCACUAGCUCCAAGCCAGUUACUAGUUCUAAACCUGUCACCAGUUCCACACCAGUGACCAGUUCCAAACCGGUCACCUCUUCCACCCCCGUCACUUCUUCUACCCCAGUGACCAGCUCUACUCCGCUUACAAGUUCGAAGCCAAUAACUAGUUCCAGCUCUACAUCGGAAACCAGCUGCCCACCAACAACCUCAUCGCCGGUGACCAGCUCCAAGCCGGUGACUAGCUCGACACCUCUCACGAGUUCGACGCCAGUCACCAGCUCAAGCUCCACCACAGAGAGUUGUUCAACAACGUCGACGCCGGUCACCAGUUCCACUCCAAUUACCAGUUCAACUCCUGUGACUAGUUCGACGCCGCUGACCAGCUCAACUCCUGUCACCAGCUCCAGCUCCACGACAGAAAGCUGCCCAACCACCUCAACUCCCGUGACAAGCUCCACACCAGUCACUAGUUCAACCCCAGUCACUAGCUCCACUCCUUUGACAAGCACAACUCCGUUGACCAGCUCGACCCCUGUCACGAGCUCAAGCUCCACCACUGAGACCAGCUGUCCACCAACGAGUUCCAGCACAACCACCGAGACCAGCACUGUCGUGACCAGCUCCAGCUCGGUUCCUGUCACCAGCUCGACGCCAGAGACUUCCUCAACACCAGAGACCUCGUCGGUUCCGGAAACGUCCAGCUCGACUGCUGAGAGCUCCUCGAGCACCUCCUGCGAGACCUCGUCGACGCCGGUCACAAGCACGGAAACCACCUGGACCACCGAGUCGACGAGCUCCAGCUUCUCGACCUCGUCAGUUCCAGUCACCAGUUCGGCACCAGCUCCGUCCUCUUCUUCCUCCUCCUCUUCCAGCUGCGAGACAACCACUGUCGAGACUUCCACCGACACUGCCACCGCAACGGAAACGUCUGGCUCAAGCUCGGCCACCGGAGCUACCGAACAGGAGGUGUCCACGUCGGCUGCUACACCAACAACUCUGGGAACAAGCGUCACUUCUAGCGGGGUUCCUGUCACUUCAGCAUCGUUUGCUACGAAAGAACCAUAUGAAACCGGUCUCAAUAAAAACGGAGCACCAACUUCCACAGAGGAAACUUCCGAGACAUCUCAAGCUGCCUCGAUCUUAGAAGGCAACGGCCACUCGUUGCGUCCAGCUUCUAGCCUUGCUGGAUUUGCUAAUCAUUGGGAUCAAGUAAACGUUGAUGAUUUCCAGCCGGCUGCGCAGUUUCAGUGUCAUGGUGGUGACUUUGUCACUAUCAACCAGUCUGCCUGUCUUGUAGUAGUUAUCCAUCAUCUGGUCCUUACGGAUCCACAGCUUGUUCAACCAGAUUUCGAACCGAUCCAUGUCUUCCUGUUCUUCUUCCAACGUGGCGUUUUCGUCAAACGUGCAGCCGUCGAUCGAGCUGAUAUCGAUCGCGUCCACGUGAAUGCUUGCGGAUUUAGGACCCUUACCCAGCAAAUAGAUCGACCGCAGAGUGAACUUAUCCUGCGCAUACUCCUCUGCAGCGUGGUCGCUAUAGGCCAUUGUGAAGUUCAAAAGAAGAUUCGUCUUCUUGCGCAUGUGUUUACACGCCAGAUACAAGCCUUUGACCCUAGGCAGCAUAACGUGGUCCAGCUUGAAGUCGAGUUUCUGUUUGAGAAUGUACUCGUCGGAUCUGGGCUUGGUGUUAGGACUGAGAUUGGUUCCUUCUGGGAAAAUCAGCAGCCAAUGUUUUUCCACAUCGCUAAGAUGUGUGAACUGUUUCACCAUAACGUUGGAGUCACACUCACCAACAAAGUUUCCUGCUGGGUCAUACGAACACACGACAUAGGUUCCCCAGUAGGAGUUGCAGUGCUUGUAGCCACAUCCCACCUUGGUGGUGGACUUCCACACAACCUGGGUGAAGUGGUCGUACACGGAACACGAGGAGCCGUAGUCGUAGUUGUCACCCUCGGAGUACCAUGCAUCCACGGUACCGGUGGUGGAGUAGCCAAGAGCAAGGUUCUCACCGUACUGGCCACCAGAGUGGGUCAAGGUACCAGAACAGUCGUACUUGUCGGCGUAAGCUUGAGCUCGGAGGAGGAAGAGGUGGCAGCCUCGGUGGAGGAGGUGGAUGAGGAGGUGGUGGACUCAGUGGAGGAGGUGGAUAAUGUAGUUGGGGAUGGAGUCGAGGUGGUGGAUGUGGAAGACUCGGUAGAGGAUGUGGAAGAUUCGGUCGAGCUUGUAGAAGACACGGUUGUGGAGCUGCUGGAGUCCUCCACGUUGGCAGCUCCCACCAAGUCGUCAGAAGAUGAGGUUGGGGUUGGGGUGGCGCUGGUGCUGGUGGAGGAGGCAGCGUAG